AUGAUGUCACUCUGCCAGUGGAAUGCCCUGGGCACAGUGCUGCUAAUUCUGAUGCUGGACUGGGCACUGACCACAAGUCAGGAGUAUGACUACUACAGCUGGCAGUCGGACAACUUCCAGCAUGGACGCUUCUAUACCAAGCAGCCACAGUGUGUGGACAUCCCAGCUGACCUGCAGCUCUGCCACAAUGUGGGCUACAAGCGCAUGCGCCUACCUAACCUGCUAGAUCAUGAGUCUAUGCCUGAGGUCAAGCAGCAAGCCAGCAGCUGGGUGCCCUUGCUGGCCAAGCGGUGCCAUUCAGACACACAAGUGUUCCUGUGUUCUCUCUUUGCACCUGUCUGCCUGGACCGGCCCAUCUAUCCAUGCCGCUCUCUUUGUGAAGUAGUGCGUGACUCGUGUGCACCUGUUAUGGAAUCCUAUGGCUUCCCCUGGCCUGACAUGCUCAGCUGCAACAAAUUCCCCUUUGACAACGACCUGUGCAUCACUGUACAGUUUGGAAACAGCCAGGCUACUCAACCACCAGUGUCCAAGAUCUGCACCCAAUGUGAGAUGGAGCACAAAGCAGACGGCAUAAUGGAGCAGAUGUGUUCCAGUGAUUUUGUGGUGAAGAUGCGUAUCAAGGAGAUCAAGAAAGAGAAUGGGGAGAGGCGUUUGGUGGCUGCUCAAAAGAAGAAAAAGCUACUUAAAGUAGGGCCACUGAAGCGCAAGGACACCAAGAAGCUGGUGCUACAUAUGAAGAAUGCAGGCGCUUGCCCCUGCCCCCAGCUUGAUGACCUCAGCGGCAGCUUCCUGGUGAUGGGUCGGAAGGUGGGUGGGAGACUGCUGGUCUUGGCCAUUUACCGCUGGGAGAAGAAGAACAAAGAGAUGAAGUUUGCUGUCAAAUUCAUGUUCUCCUACCCCUGUUCCAUGCAUUACCCCUUCUUCUAUGGGGCAGAACCCCACUGAAUUGUCACUCAUUCUGAGAGCCUUGCUCAUUCUUGCUCACACUACAUACCCUUUCCUUCUUCUAUGGGCAGACCCCACAUCAGACCCAUCCAAUCUAUACGCCCAUGCCUGAAAGGAUUCUUUCCUCUGUAGCACAAACUUCACAAAGCUCCAGAUCUUCAUGAGAGCUCUGUCCAUCUUGAUGCUCCUUAACACUAGAAAACUUGCAGAAUUAUCCUCCAUCCUAAACACCUGGCAACUAAGAGCAGGUGUAACAACUCUUCAAUCCCAGUUAUCCUCUAAUAGUGGCUGAACUGCCCAGGAUUUUAGCAGAAACACAAUGGCUGCAAACUUAUAUUGCCAACUCCAGUUUUCUAUUGUUAAUUGCUAUGACUGAACAGAUCAAGAUGGGUAGCUGUGUGAGUCUGUAACAGUAGAAAAGAGCAAGAGUCCAG